AUGGCCACAGACACAGAGUCGAGAGAUCUUGAGUCUGUCCCGAAUUUGAAAAUAUCUCGAAGUGAAAACCCAGAAAUUGAGUUAUCAUUUGAAGAAGUUGAAAAUUUGUAUGUUUUUGACCAAACAGGAAACAAAAUUAGGUUUGGAGAUAUAUAUGCAAACCAGAAAACCAUCGUAGUAUUUGCUCGGCACUUUUUGUGUUACAUGUGCAAAGAAUACGUGGAAGACUUAGCCAAGAUACCCCUAAAUACUUUAAAGGAUAAGAAUGUCAAACUUGUGGUAAUAGGAUGUGCACCAUGGAAAUUUAUCAAGCAUUUCAAACAAGAAACAGGUUACCAGUAUGACAUGUAUUGUGAUCCAGAUAGGAACAUUUACAAGUGUCUCAAAUGCAAGUGCGAAGCCAAUCAUACCAGAAAGGUGGUAAACAAACAUAUCAAGUCCAAUGCUAUAAGUGGAAUACUAAAGAGCACAUGGCGUGCUAUGCAAUUUCCCAAUGAAUGGCAGGGGGAUCCAAGUCAGAUGGGAGCCACAUUCAUCCUCGGGCCAGGUUCAACUGUACACUUUUCACACCUUGAUGGUAACUCGGCAGACCAAGUGGCAAUUAAUGACUUACUGAUAGAGGCAGGCUGUGAUACUGUGGACUUUGAGAAAGACCAAAGAGUUAUUCAUGUUUAAGAAUUAGUUGCAAGACAGGAGUCAUGUACAGCUCCAAAUACAAAGUUCGUCAUCACUGCAAUCUAUUUCAUAUGAUACUGGGACAAACAUGGCAUACUUGUAGGUCUAAACUGAAUUAUGUUUAAGGCACGGAAAGUAAGGAUGAACUUAUGAUUUAUAUCAAGUGGAAUUUAUAAUUAUUUAGUAAUGUAUUUUUUCUCUAUGAUAUCACACAAUAUUGGAUAAAUGUAUUUUGGCACUGAAAUGUUUCAGUGUUGUGAAUUGAAAAUUGUUUACAUCACAUCUGCUUUUGCAGGAACAGUGGCAAGGUGCUUUGGUGUCAACCACACUGAUAUUGUUCACAGAAACUACUCAUGUAACAGUAAGCUUAAAUUUUAUGGGUAUUAUUUGAAGGUCAACCUUGAGCUUCAACACCUAGUCAUGCAAAUGUCAUUGUAUUUUGUAUGCAUAUAUCUGAGAAAUUAUUUAAGAUAUCUGUGAUAUGUUUUUGGCCUUGCCUGAACCUGGACGGCAUGGCAAUUUAUCUCUGGUACAGUUAACAACCAAUAGAAAAUAAAAAAAUCUAUUCACACCGUUGCAUUUUUAAAUUGGAUGCCAGCAUACAAAUUUAUUGAAAACCCUAAUAAAAGAGUGUAUAGAUAAAUAAACAAAUUGAAAAAAUAGGGUUUAGACUGUAGGUUACCACUUUCAAGGUACAUGCUCAGGAUGCAGUCCCACACCUCUGAGCUUCCAGUUUUGAUGGCUUUUAAGGAGUAUCACUGAAAAAAUUCAGUUAUCUAAAAUGUAUGGCCAAUAUUGUGGUUAAAGUGGUUAUAUGUAAAAGCAUUGCUGUAUCUGUUAUUAAUUGUUAGAAUGAAGAUGAAUUUUAGUAGAAUUGAUGAAUUGUACGACAGAUUGUGCAAAUUAGAUUAAAUUGUAAAUGUUCAUAUAUGUGCAACAAUUUUUUUUAUACUGGUGUUUUUAGAUUAUUUUAAUGUGAUGAUUUAUAUCAUAGCUUCUACCAAAAUAGUAUGUGGUAAAAUAAUUCAUUACUUACUUUUUGUACUUUGUAAUAUUUUAGUGUUUUUAUGGUUAAUAUUUUG